AUGGCCAGGCUGGGAUUGAUGCUUCCCCUGGCCUUGGUGGCCGCCGUCCUCCUGCUCGUCGCCGCCGCGCCUUCCGGCAGGCCACCCAAUGCGCAGGGGCCCAAGCAGCACGAGAAGGCCAAGCCAAUGAAGGUCAAGUGCCACGACCGCAAGCUCUACGCUUACUGUUCCGGCAAGCAGAUGGAGUGCCCCGCCGCAUGUUCCCAGUCGUGCUACGCUGACUGCAACUCCUGCAAGCCCGUCUGCGUGUGCAGUGUUCCGGGAGCCUGCGGCGACCCGCGCUUCAUCGGCGGCGACGGAAACGCCUUCCACUUCCACGGCCGCAGGGACGCCGACUUCUGCGUCCUCUCCGACCGCGGCCUCCACAUCAACGCCCACUUCAUGGGCAAGCGCGGCGGCGACGGCAUGACCCGUGACUUCACCUGGAUCCAGGCCAUCGCCGUGCUCUUCGACGGCCACCGCCUCUACGUCGGCGCCCGGAAGACCGCCGCCUGGGACGACGACGUGGACCGCAUGGAGCUCGCUCUGGACGGCGAGCCCGUGCGCCUCCCGCAGGUGGCCGAGGCCGCGUGGACGUCCAGCGCCGUGCCGGCACUGUCCAUCACCCGCACCAAGGCGGCCAACGGCGUGCUGGUCGCGCUCGACGGCAGGUUCAAGAUCAGGGCGAACGCCGUGCCCAUCACCGAGGAGGAGUCGAGGGUGCACAGCUACGGCGUGGCGUCCGACGACUGCCUCGCGCACCUUGACCUGGCCUUCAAGUUCGACGCGCUCACCGGCCACGUGCACGGCGUGGUCGGCCAGACCUACCGCUCCGACUACGUGAACCAGUUCGACGUCAGGGCCUCCAUGCCCACCAUGGGAGGGGAGAGCAACUUCACCACGUCCAACCUCUUCGCGGCCGACUGCGCCGUCGCGCGUUACGCACCUGCUGCUGGCCACCAUGCAUGACGAUGAUGGUGUUGCAGUGGUGUGAGAGAGAGCUCGCUGGUAUCCGUAUCGCCUGAGCCGGUGGCAUGGGCGGCGAAGGUGUGGUGUGCAAGAAGAAAGGACUAUAUAUGCUGUUGUAGGAGCUGUACCAAACAAAUAUGUUUGCAUGGUCAUGAAAUUCACAGCAAU